CAGCCACGCCAAGGUCCACCCACUUCCCUCGCGCCUCUCUAUAAAAGGGAGCGGUGGAGCGCAGCUCUGCAGUGGUUACUUCAGACACACAAAGAGGGAGUGCUCGCUCCUCAGGAAACCCUGCAAGUUCGGAUCGCUACUACAAAAACAUUUGUCUCAGUGGAUUAUCCUCACUGGCAGGAUCCCAGCCAGAAUGAAACUGGUGCACGUAGCCCUGCUCUAUCUCGGCUCUGUCACCUUCCUCGGGAUGGAUGCUGCAAGGGUGAAUGUAGCGACGGAGUUCAAAAGAAAAUGGACAAAAUGGGCACUGAGCCGAGCCAAGCGGGACGUGAAGCCCACAGGCGCACUCCGAGGGCUGGGGGCAGCCGCCGACGUGCAGCCGCUCAUACGGACCCAGGACGUGAAGGAGGAACCUCGAAUCUCGCAUCCCAGCACUCGGGAGGAUGCUCACAUCCGCGUCAAGCGCUACCGCCAGAGCAUUAACAGCUUCCCCCACUUCCAAGCCAUCCGCACGGGGUGUCGGUUCGGGACGUGCACGGUGCAGAAGCUGGCCCACCAGAUCUACCAGCUGACCGAUAAAGACAAGGACGACACCGCCCCCGCCAGCAAGAUCAGUCCCCAGGGCUACGGCCGCAGGAGGCGCUCCCUGCCCGAACGCCUCGGCCCUGUGCGCUCCCCCCGGUCCGAGCGGCGCCUCCGGACGCCACGGGCGCAGCCCCUCGCCGCCGUCUUCGGGGUUUGAACUCCGUGCUACCGGCCGAGGACGUCUCGGAUGGGUGGACUUAAGUGUGGACGCUCCGGAGGUCCGCUGCUGCUCGGCGGCAGCCGCCAGUAUUCGCGGAGAGCGACUGUCCAGGCGGAACGCCGGCGCGCCCUCCCAGGGCCGGGGACGGCGGAGCGGCGGGCCGCGCUGCCAGGGCCCGGCAGGGUGAGGAGCAGCCGGUUCUGCGGCCCGCGCCCCGCGCUGGGGGUUGGAGUGGGGAAGCUGUGAAAGCCGCGUCCCUCUAGGAACGCGCAGAGGCUGCUUCCCCGGUCCGCCGCAGCGGCGGGCCGGUCACUGACUCUUUACCCUCCGCGCGAGGCACCGCCGGUUCCGGCGCCCGCCGCCGCCUGGGACUGGAAGGCGCCAGAGGCCCCUCUACCCUGCCGGCCGCCAUGUCGCCCCCUGCCCCGCCGCUGCACUCGGGGGGGGGGGGGGGGGGGGGGCGCCGGACCUUCCUUGCCGGCGGGCCGCCCUCAGAACUGCCCCGGCCCCGUCUGCCCCGAAGAGGGGCUGCUCAGGGGAGACCCACCGCCGGGGAAACCCGCCGCCGGGUGCCGGCCGCUGCGCUACACCCCCGGACCCUGGGACCGCGGCCCCCGCCUCGCCCGCUGCCCAUGGCUGUUUGGGGGUGCGCGUUCGGCCCUCGGCAAGGACAUGUCGCCAACAUCUGCUCUACCCUCUGCGAUAUCUGCACCCGGCAGGGAAUCGGACACUCACUAGUCCCUGCGGGGACUGCAAUAUACUUGAACCUUCCAGAGAGGAAAAGUGCAAUUGUACGUGGUUUUUGUUAAUUUUAAGUGCGGUGUGUGUGGAUCAUGAGAUACGUAUCAAUAUUUAAGAUUGUCCUCUGUCAUGUCCUGUUUGUAUCUUUUUUUUUGAAAAUAUAUUUUAUUUUUAUACGUUUUAUAUAUAUAUUGCAUAAGGGCAUUUUUAAACUUUGUAUCCCCUCUAUUUUUCAUAUCAUGAAUGUCAAAUGUUACCUUUUUUUUUUCCAUACCCUUUUUUAUCUUGCAUUCCAGACUCGUGAAAGAUGUAGAGAAUGUAUCAGCUGUUCUCCACGGGUAAUAUGUGAAAUAAACACUACAUAAACCAGUUCUCUUAUGUUGUCUUUAGUGGGGGCAGGUGGUCAAGAUGAACGAUGUUACACUGUGUUCAGCCCUACCCUUGCUAAGCUAGCCUGGCCCUUCUGUGCCAGACCGAAACCCUUCAGUUACAGGCUUUGUUAGCAGCCACCCUAUCUAGCUGGAUCAAGUAAACCCAAAAGCAAGAAUGCAUCUUAAAAUCCCAGGUCAGAUCAGUUGAAAAGGCUCCGAGGCCUUUCCUAUCCACAUGUUCCAGCCAGGGCUGAAACGUGUCACAGCUUGGAUUGAUCGUGCAAGUUUAUUUUUUGCCCUAAUUAAUCAGGGAAACAACUGCACACUUCAACAUUGCACAACAAAAUAACAGAUUUAUUGAGGGAGAGUGUUCCAAAAAUGGUCACGGCAGCUUCCAAGGUUAUUUAUAUUGAAGGAUUUCCUGGGCCACAGUUCAGGUUAAAGUUAAAUGGUGACCAGUUCAGGGUGGGCAGAACAUCUUCAAUAAAAGCUUAGCAUUAGGGGGUUUGUUGUUUUGUUCCUUUUUUUUUUUUUUUUUAAACAAA